AUGACUAUCUCGCCAUUGCCUCUGCGGCCUCAUGAGCGCAUUCUCACCAAAGCCAACGGAUCAAUCGACACUCCUCCUCGGGCACCUACGCCUGUCCACAAUUUCGGAACUCUAGCAGUCCAUGCUGGUGCUCACCUAGACCCCUCCACCGGCGCAGUCAUUUCUCCAAUCUCCCUCUCCACCACGUACGCGCAAACUGCAGUUGGAAAGCCAGUUGGUGCAUACGAGUACAGCAGAUCCUCCAACCCGAAUCGAGACAACUUCGAAGAAGCUAUCGCCGCUCUCGAACAUGCUCGAUAUGCCCUCGCCUUUUCUUCCGGUUCUGCUACCACUGCCACCAUCCUCCAGUCUCUGGCCGCAGGCUCACAUGUUGUCUCCGUCUCGGAUGUUUAUGGAGGUACACAUAGAUAUUUUACCAAGGUAGCAGCAGCACAUGGAGUUGAGGUCACCUUUUCACCAUCUCUCGAGGUGGACAUCGCUCAGUUGAUACGGCCAAAAGAGACCAAGCUGAUCUGGAUCGAAAGCCCAAGUAACCCUACCCUCAGACUUGUCGAUAUUCGAAAUGUCGCUUCGGUGGCUCACAAGCAUGGUAUCAUGGUCGUGGUCGAUAACACAUUCUUGAGUCCAUAUGUCCAGAAUCCUCUUGAUCAUGGCGCAGACAUUGUAGUCCACUCAGUGACUAAAUACAUCAAUGGUCACUCCGACGUGGUCAUGGGCGUUGCGGCCUUCAACUCGGAUGAUCUCAAGGAGCGAUUGACCUUUCUCCAAAAUGCUAUUGGAGCUGUCCCAUCAGCUUUUGACUGCUGGCUGGCACACCGAGGCUUAAAGACGUUGCAUCUGCGAGCAAAAGAGGCGUCUCAUAAUGCGACAUCUGUGGCUAUGGCAUUGGAGGCAUCUCCUCAUGUCAUUUCUGUCAACUAUCCAGGCAUCAAAUCACAUCCUCAUCGCCACAUCGCGAUCAAACAGCACCGUGAUGGGAUGGGUGGAGGUAUGCUGUCGUUCCGAAUCAAGGGCGGUCACGCAGCUGCAGAGCGAUUCUGCCAAAACACCUCCAUCUUCGUCCUAGCCGAGAGUUUGGGAGGAGUCGAAAGUCUUGUCGAGGUCCCCAGCAGUAUGACUCAUGCUGGCAUCCCUCAAGCUCAAAGGGAAGCGGCAGGAGUGUUUGAAGACCUGGUGAGGAUCAGCUGUGGUAUCGAGGAUGCAGAGGACCUGAAGAGAGACGUCCUACAGGCAUUGGAGAAGGCGAUUGUGGCACCUAAGAUCACGAAUGGUAUGCCUGGCGGCCGUGUUACGAAUGGCCUGCCCAACGGAGAUUAG